AUGGCAUCAAUCACUUUUAAGCUACUCUUUACCCUCACUCUAUUUUCUUCUCUUUUCUCAAUAUCAUCAUCAUCCUCUUCUUCUUCAUUACCUUCCGCCGUAGAUUUUUGGUGCAACCAAACUCCUCACCCCGAGUCAUGCAAAUCCCACAUGAACUGGUUUAGACCGAACCAUCCGUCAGAGUUCAGGAAAAUGCUGGUUCACUUGGCACUGGUCCAAGCACAAGACAUGCAUAAGGAAGCUCAAGAGUAUGGCCCAAAAUGUGCAACCAAGAUGCAGAAAUGUGUCUUCCAUGACUGUUUGAAGCUCUAUGACAAUACCAUCUUCCAUCUAAACCGAACCCUUCAUGCCCUACACACAGCUUCUUGCUCCCUAUCAGACGCACAAACAUGGCUCAGCACUGCCGUCACAAACAUCGAAACUUGCCGGAGCGGCGCGUUGCAGCUCAGAGUCGGAGAGUUUACGGCUGAAAAUAAUGUGAGCGAGAGUGUUAGGAAGAUGAUAAGCAAUGCGUUAGCCGUUAAUGGGAAAUUUCUGCAGCAAGAGAAUAAUACAGAAGAAGAAGCAUAUGGAUUUCCCCGUUGGUUUUCUGGUCACGAAAGGAGGCUAUUGAGCUCAAAGCGAUCGUCGGUGAAGGCACAUCUUGUGGUGGCUCAAGAUGGUACGGGCCAUUUUAAGACAGUGCAAGCCGCCAUUGAUGCAUCAUCAAGGAGAAGAGUGAAGACAAGGUUUGUGAUCCGUGUGAAGAAAGGGAUUUAUGAAGAGAAUAUUGAAGUUGAUAAGGAUAAUGAAAAUCUAAUGAUUAUUGGCGAUGGAUCGAGAGUCACCAUUAUAACUGGUAGUAGAAGUGUCAAAGAUGGGAUCACCCCCUCCAUGUCCGCAACAGCAGGUAUAGAUGGUGCCCACUUCAUUGCACGAGACAUCACUUUUAGAAACACAGCCGGUCCUGAGAAAGGUCAAGUGCUGGCACUCCAAUCAGCCUCCGACCUCUCCAUCUUCUACCAGUGCUCUAUCGAAGGCUAUCAAGACACUCUAAUGGCUCAUGCACAACGUCAAUUCUAUAGAGAUUGCAGCAUUUUUGGCACAGUUGAUUUCAUUUGGGGCGAUGCUGCAAUUGUUCUGCAAAAUUGCACCAUUCUUGUGAGAAAGCCCUUACAGGGACAAGGAAACAUGAUCACGGCUCAAGGGCGAGGUGACCCGUUUCAGAACACCGGAAUAUCAAUAAUCAAUUCUUGCAUUCGAGCCGCGCCGGAUCUCAGACCGGUCGUAAAAUCAUAUGAAACCUAUUUGGGUGGGCCAUGGCAGCAAUAUGCACGAGUUGUUGCAAUGAAAACCUACAUUGAAGGAUUGGUGAAUCCAUUGGGUUGGUCUCAAUGGGGUGAUAGUGAUUUUGCUCAGGAUACGUGUUAUUUUGGGGAAUAUAUGAACUCUGGGACUGGUUCAUCAACAAAAGAUAGGGUUCAAUGGCCUCGGUUUCAUGUCUUGACGAGCGAGAAUGAUACACAACAGUUUUCUGUUGCUGGACUUCUUGCUGGUAACACUUGGUUGCCUCCAACCGGUGUGCCUUUUGAUAUUGACAUUUAA